CGCCAUGCACCCGGCCGGUCGAGGGCGGCGAUCCUGCUCCUCGUCCUGCCACUGCUGCUGCUUGUCGUCGUCAUCAUCAUCUUCCUCCUCCGCAUAUCUGUGCGGCUCCCUUUCCUCGUCCUCUCCUACGACUACAUCCUUCCAUCAGUCCACGCGAUCUUCUAGUUUGUUGCCUCGUGCCUCGAGUUCUGCACAAACUGCUAAUUGUGCAUCUUCUGGAAGUAGAAGGGGAUCUUUGGGAGGACGUCUGAGAGCUUCGGCUUGCAUACUCAUAGCUCAAAUAUCUCUAGUGAGUGCCGCCUCGGCUAGUGCUGGAGCUUCUUUGCAGCAAGGACAGCAGUAUAGGGUUCCUCCUCGAGGGUUUGUUGGAACAUUUCACAGCCCAGGGAUGGGGAAGCUAGCUGACUCGAUCGAGUCUUUCCCGCAAGUCUCUAUUCCCCAGCUGAAGCUCCCCGAACUUCGCAUGCCUAAGGUUUCGGUACAGGGGGUCUGCAACUUCCUCGCUGGUGGAGUUGCUGGGGCCAUAGCAUCUGCCAUCACGUGUCCGCUGGAGGUGGUGAAGACGAACUUGCAAUCACGAGCUAACGCUGGGCUCGGGCUGAAUCCUCUCGGAGUCGGAGCGAGAAUACUGAAGGAGCAGGGAGUAGGUGGACUGUAUCGAGGACUCUCGCUAUCGCUCGUUGGAAUCAUCCCGACCCGGUCCUGCUACUUCUGGGCUUAUGGGGCAACGAAAAAUGCUCUGGAGCCUGUGAUAGGAGACGGACCGGCCACUCACAUGGCAUCAGCAGUGGCAGCGGGAGGCUUGAGCAGCACAGUCACCUGCCCCCUGUGGAUGGUGAAGACGAGGAUGCAGCUACAAGGCACGGGGAUGGUUGCCACGGCAAAGAAGAUCUUGGCAGAAGAGGGCCCCAAGGGCUUGUACAGAGGUCUUCUUGCUUCUUACUGGGGAUUGUCGGAGGGAGCUGUCCAGUUCCUCCUCUACGAGAAGAUGAAGGCAAGCAUGAAGGCUUCCAACCUCAAGGGCUCGUCAGGUUCUGAGGAGCUCACGACUUGGCAGUACCUGCUGGCCGCUGGGAGUUCCAAGGCUGCUGCGUCCAUCUUAACGUAUCCUCAUGAGGUUGUGCGGACACGUAUGAGGGAAGCGGCCUCGACGAGAUACAGGAGCAUGUUUCAAUCAAUCGCCUUGAUCGCUCGCGAGGAAGGCAGGAGGGGUCUCUAUUCAGGCCUUGGGCCUCACCUGAUGCGUGUGGUGCCCAACACAGCCAUCAUGUUCAUGUCGUUUGAGCUGCUCAGCCGGCAGCUUCCUACGUUCCUAGAGAACAAGCCAUGGGAGAGGACGCUCGAGAACAUUCAGAACAGCUUGAGCGUUGCUCCAGUGCCUGCUGCAACUGUGCUUGCAAUGGUUGGACUGGGUAAGGAACGGAAGAUGUAAGUUGAUGAGGGAAGGGGAUGUUCAGGAAAUGUGUGCGGCAGAGAAAAAGGUGGUUGAUGGCCCGUAUUGUUCAGUCCGCAAGUAGAUUCAGGUUUCACUGUGAGUACGCGAUGAUGUGGAAAUGUGAGUGAAGAGAAAGCGACUGUAAGUCGAG